GUUUGCCCCCUGCUGAUCCCGAGACUGUCUCGACGCUGCGCCUGCGCAGAUCCGUGUUGAGCGUUAGAACUAUAGUCAACAAAUAUGUCCACCGCUCCUGCACCUCAAAACAAUAACGAAGAUCCGGGACUGCAAGGCUCCUGGGUAGAGCUGGAGCUGAAUGGCAAUACAGGGGCAGAGAGUAGGCAGACCAGCCUGCUGACAACACCUGCUGAAGACCAAAUCAAUGCAAAUGCAGGCAUGAGUCAAAGUCUCCAGCCUUUAGAAGAGGCUGAAAGUGAUGAAACCCUGAUUGGAGGACUGGAGCAUGUGCCGUCAUCAUCUUCUAUCCAUAAUGGAGACAUGGAAAAAAUACUCCUGGAUGCUCAGCAUGAGUCCAGCCCGAGUAAUUCAUCCUGUGUGAGUCCUCACAGACCACCAAGUCCAGAGCAGGAUGAUGGCCAGAUAACAUUUGAUGUAGAGAUGUCCAGCCCAAGAGGAAGUCAGUCAGAGGAUGAUACUGCAGACAAGGACAGAGAGGAUGACAUCUUGAUGAACAAAGAAAUAGAUUGGGUGGCCAAUUGGUCCAGUAGGCCUGAAAACAUCCCCCCAAAGGAGUUCCACUUUAGACAUCCCCGACGUUCAGGAUCUUUGAGUAUGCGGAAGAGUGGCGUCAUGAAGAAAGGUGGCAUCUUCUCUGCUGAAUUCCUAAAAGUUUUCAUUCCUUCGCUGCUUAUCUCACACAUGCUGGCUCUUGGCCUUGGGGUGUACAUUGGGAAAAGAAUCGCUACAGCCGCCACCAGCUCCUACUGAGCAGAACAUGAAGCAGUGCCUGGGUGUUCUCCUGUCUCCAAGCCUCCCAAAUGCCUCCUGUAGUCCAGCUCUCACUGUCUGCAUCUGUCCUACACCCACAUUUUUCUUUUCCAGUCUGAAUUAAGUGGUGUCACAUUGUAGGUGUAGUCUUACUGAUUAUGUGGUUGACACUGAUGGGG